AUGUCUGCUUCUCCUGCUUCUGCUGCUUCGUCUCCUGCUGCUUCGCCUGCUGCUACUACCAACAACAACAACAACCAUGUGGGCGACAACAAUGGAACCCCUGUCACCACCCCUACCAACAACAACAACGCCACGGACCCCACCACCAAUGAUGGCCCUGCUCCUAUGGAAGGCGUUGAACCCACUGGAGCUCUUGCUUCCAAGUAUGUGGACCCUCUUGUUUUGGCUCGAGCUGCUCUCGAUAAAAAAGAGAAGCAAUUGGCAAGCUUGAUCAUUCAAGAAGCCCAACUUGAAGUUGAAGAACCAGUUCCCGAGGAAAAGUUGGCUGCUGUUAGGCAAAAAAUGGAUGCUUUGCAUGUGGAGAUCGAGAGGAAGAAAAAGAGCAUUGCUCUCCUCACUCCUGCUGCUCCUGCCACCACCACCAGUUCUCGUAAGCACAUUACGAUGAAUCUUGUCCCUCGUUUUGUGGUCAAGGGGGUUAACGAAUCUCCUGAGGACAAGCAAGUGUUUCCGAAUGUUGAUGCUUUUUUGCUCAGCAUCAAGAAACUGCUUCGUACCCACAAGUACAAUUUGGACACUGAGUGGGAUGAGGUGUUGCACUGUGCUUUCCCUGCCGAUCUUGAGAAGUGGUAUUCAGACACUUUAAGCGGUAAGAAACGCAAUUGGAAUGAUGUUUGCCAUAGAGUUCGUGUUCGUUUUGUGUCGCGUGACAACAAGGCACGCAAAGCAAUGGAGGUGUUCAAGUGCGCUAUGCGCGAUGGUGAGACAACCCAGCGGUAUGGUACUCGUUACCAGAACCUGGUGAUUGAUGCCGGCUUGACCAAUUGCGAUGUGUUGGCCAUGUUGUUUCUCUUGUCUUUGCCUGAAGAUAUACAAGAAAGGGUGCUCAUGUCGUUUUAUGCUCGUCCGGGUAAUGAGGAUCGCUUGCCUGACAACCUUGAAGAGGUGAUCAAGCUUGCCGAUUCCGUAUCAAUUACGAGAAAACGCACGCACAAUGACGCUGGUUCCAGUUCCUCGCAUCAAAAGAAGAAUAAGUCUUCGAAGCAGGCUGGCAAGGACACGUCUAUUUUUUGUAUUCAUUGCAACAAGGAUGGCAAUCAUGUGUCUGAGAGGUGCUACAAGUUGGAUAAACCAAUUGAGGGCCCUAAAUGCCACUAUGCUCAUCAUCCCUACAAGCCUGGUCAUGCUUGUCAUGCUUCUCGUGAGGAGAAGGCCAAGCUUCGUGCUAAGGGUGAGUUGCCACCACCAAGACGCCACAACCAUUCUUCUCGCCGCGGUGAGAGCAACGUGAAGGUAAACACCAUGCUGCAUGAUUCAAAUGACAUGGAUUUAUCUGACGAUUUUGUUCAUCCUGCCGAUUCAGCAAUCAACAACAAUGACUCCUUCUCGCCCAUCCCACUGAACGAAUUGCAAGGUGUGGAUGAAAUGCUCGCAAGGCAAUCGUUAGGUAAGUUGUUGUUUGCUGCUCAAUUGAAUGACAAUCCAUAUCUCAUGAAAACACCCAUCUUGGUACAGAAUAAGCGACUCCUCGGCCUAGUCGAUACUGGCGCGGAGAUUUCUGUUAUCAAUAAAACAUUGUGUGAUGCCAACAAUUGGUCGUAUACACCUGUGGAUGGGAAGAUCAUGUAUGCUGGAAAGAAUGACGUUGUCAAGCGUGUGGGUAUUACAGAGCCUCUUCAGCUACAAUACAACAACCGGCAAUUUACACAUCGAUUUGAGGUUAUGGAUUUGGAACAAUACAAUCUUAUUUUGGGCUUCGAUAUCCUUCCUAAAUUGGGUAUCUCUUUGCAAGGUGUAGCUGUCAAAUGGGAUGAUCAGCAAGAUGACGUGCAAGAUCCUUCGGUGCACGAUGCAUACAAAAAGCUGGUUCCCAAUGCUUCGCCUUUUGGCACACCUGAUGAGCAAGCUCAAUUCACACAGGCUAUAAAGCCAUUAUUGGAUGCUAACACGCGUAUUCCUAAAUGGUCGUUCUGCAACAUACCUGAGUCUAUUAUUCACUUGGAUCUUACGCAGCAAGGUGUCACAUCCUAUCAACGACAAUAUACUUUGCCAUACGCUUUACGUCCUGAGAUCGAUGCUACGAUUCAAAAGUGGCUCGAUGAUGGUGUCAUUGUGAGAGCUCGUAUCAAUUCCUCAUGGAACAGCCCAUUGACAUUAGCUGACAAGAAGGACUCGCAUGGUAAUAAAGUGGGUAAGCGUCUUUGUUUGGACCCACGACACAUCAAUCGUUAUUUGAAGGAUGAUCGUUAUCCGAUUCCUACUAUUAAGGAGAUCUUCAAUGACUUGGGUGGAGCGAAAGUUUUUACCACGCUUGAUCUUACCAGUGCUUUUCAUCGGUUUAAGAUUGCAGAGGCUGACCGUCACAUCACCACUUUCACGCACAAGGGACAACAAUUUAUGUUCCGUGGAUGCCCAUUCGGUUUGAAGCCUAUCUCUUCCAAGUUUCAACGAGUCAUGUAUAUUGUUUUUAACGACAUGCCUUUUGUACGCACGUUUGUGGAUGACAUUAUUAUCUUUUCGAAAGAUUUGUUCUCGCACACCAAACACGUGCAAUAUGCGAUCAAGGCUCUUACACAAGCCAACCUCAUUUUGAACCCGGCAAAGUGUCAUUUUGCACAACAGUCGGUGUAUCUACUUGGUUUUUGUGUCUCCGAGCAUGGUAUAUCUCUUGAUCCAAGAAAGGUAGUAAAUGCUAUUGAUUGGCCCCAACCUCGUACUGGUAAGGAUAUCCAGCGGUUCAUGGGCUUUGUGAAUUACUUCAGUGACCAUAUUCCUCAUAUGGCCGAGAUCUCUGCACCACUCAACAGGCUACGCAAUGCCGGUUUACUUAAGGAUUUGUGGACUGAGGAGCAAACGAAAGCAUUGAACGCUCUUAAGCAAGCCUUAGCAAAGAAUGUACUUUUACAUUUCCCUGACUUUGAUCAACCCUUUUAUGUGGCCACGGAUGCAUCGAAUUAUGGCAUUGGCGCUGUGUUGUUUCAAAAGAUAAAGGGCAAGAAUUGCUAUGUCUCUUUUAUGGCACGUGCUUUGAACCCCAGUGAGCGUAAAUACUCCACCACUAAACGUGAACUCUUGGGUAUGGUAUACGCCCUUCAAAAGUUCCAUCCUUUUCUUUGGCUACGCCCAUUCACACUUUACACGGACCACAAGGCUCUCACUUAUUUGUUCACCCAAAAGCUUGCCAACCCCAUGAUGCUCAAUUGGUUUGAUAUCUUGUUGAAAUACACUUUCGACGUGAUCCAUGUCCCGGGUAUUGAGAACGUGUUGCCAGAUGAUCUCUCACGUUUGUUCACUCCCGAUGAACUCUUGGAGGGGGAUAAUCAACCAUCAAAUGCAAUCAAAAUGGGUACGAUAAAAUCGAGCAAAGAUAGACUUGUAUUCCAAAUACGAGUAAUUGACAAACAGCCUAGCGAUGUGGUUACUCCACCUGAUGAUCACCGCACGGAGGAACUUGAACGUGCACACUUGAUUAUUGGUCAUGGAGGUGCUGAACAUUUAGUACGUUACUUACGACGUGAUGGCUUGGCAUGGACCAACAUGCUACAAGAUGCAGUAAAGUUGGUAAGCAAAUGUCCACAAUGCCAGAAGACCAACAUAGCCAAGAGAGGCUACAAUCCGCUACGUCCCAUAUACGCAUACUUGCCUGGUGACCAUUGGGCUAUUGACUUGGCAACCUUCAAUCGUUCCUCGUUAACGGGUAACAACUUCUUGAUGGUACUGGUUGCCGUAUGCACACGCUUUUGUAUCCUACGUGCGUUACCUGACAAAUCCUCGGAUACGCUGGUCAAAGCUCUUGUGCAAAUCUUUUGUGAUUUUGGCAUACCCCGUAUUCUCCAAUCUGAUAAUGGUGGCGAGUUCAAGAACGCAUUCAUGAGGAAGUUAGCAAGAAGUCUAGGCUUUCAUCAGCGUUUUACUACACCUUAUCAUCGUAGUGCCAACGGCAUAGCUGAGAGAUGGGUCUAA